UGUGACCUCCUCGCCUGCUCGCUGGCCGUCAUCAGCUCCAUUGAAAUUUCUCGUCGGUGUUCAUUUGUACGCUGUGCUGUGUGGGGUCGGAAGUUGUUACGAGGACCAGUCGGCUCGCUGCCGUAUGUGACCUAGAAUUUGACGGAGUUGUGUGCCGAAAGGCUUGAAGGAGAAGGAUAAUCUUUUACGUAACACCGCGCACUGGAUAUAUUGUUCCAUAACGUAGGAUAUCGCUGGCGCCUUCCUCGGCAAAGAACGUUGUAGUACAUCUACACAUCGCAGACGACAGCCCCUCCUCUUCCUUGGUCACUUUGCCCUUCGGAGUGAAGCCUUACUUGUUUGAAAGUCCCAUCGGCCACCAUGGAUGCUCGAGAGAAAACAAGAACUCCAACCUAAUAUACAUACAAGGAAACAGAAGCUUGCCAUUCUGGGUGCCGAAAGGUGCCCCCGAUGUAGGGCACAUGUGAUGCUGUGAGGCUUAUCCUCUUCACACACAAACAGUUGAGCCAUGGCUCUCAACGUUGGCAUGCUCCCGCACCUCCUGGGGGCGGCCAACAACAACCACCGGCCACCCGUGGCGCCCUCGCGCAGCGUAAACAGCGGUCCCAUGAACUAUGUGCAAGACCGGCUCUUCCAGGCACUCUUUGUGAGGGUGGCCCUGGCCUACGCGACCGCUGUUCCACCAUCCGUGCGCAGGAUACUUGAGUAUUUUAGUCUGCUCAAGGCCUUAGUAUCAUUCUUCAUCUUGGCCUACGUCCAUGCGGCAUUUGUGCGGACGCCCAUCAACUGCCUGGACUACAUGUCCCAACAGUGGCCACAUGACGGCAUCCUGCGAGUGGAGAUCCUGCGAGGAUCGGACGUCGGCUCUCAACCGUACACCCUGGAGCAGUCUUACCUGAAAGAGAAGCGCAUUCACGAAAUCACCAGUCCCGAGCUCGCAUUUGCUGCAAGCAAUUCGACACUGUUCGGAAGUGUGGCUUCUACCAUGGCGGACACAAUGGAGAAAGGAGUGACAGAAGCGGAGAACUCGUCGGAAACGAUAACUGUCCUUCCCAAAUCUGUCCUCAACAGUCUCCUGGGACCAAAGCACCUGGAAGGGGAGUUUGCAUUCACACCAUUCCUGAAUGAGAGCCAGAAAGAUGCAAAGGCCGAAGCUGUUAGUGCAAUUUCCGAGCCUCUACCAGAGUCUGUGUCAGAGCUCGAAAUGCUCGCGAAAGCAGUGUGGCCCCAGAACGAGUACAUAGUUGAAUAUGCCUUGGAAUAUGGGCUUCUCCGGUUAAGUCCUGCAACAAGACAGCGCCUGAAUAUCAGUGUCAAGAUUGUCACACUUGAUCCUGUCAACAAUCCUUGUUUUGGGGAUUGGUUCAGCCGAUUACUCCUGGAAAACUUUCUUGGUUAUGAUGAUAUCCUGAUGGCCAGCCUCAAGAAUCUUGCAGAGAAAGAAGACAACAAAGGAUACGUACGGAAUGUGGUGACAGGGGAACAUUUCCGCUUCAUCAGUAUGUGGACAAGUCGGAUGUCAUAUAUAGCAGCUGCUUUUAUUAUGCUCAUCUUUACGCUGUCCAUAUCGAUGCUUCUUAGGUACUCUCACCACCAAAUAUUUGUCUUCAUAGUGGAGCUGUUGCACAUGCUGGAGUUCAACACCACAAUAAAUUUUCCUGCGGCCCCUUUGCUGACUGUCAUCUUGGCGUUGGUUGGUAUGGAGACCAUUAUGUCAGAGUUCUUCAACGACACCACGACCGCCUUCUACAUCAUCCUCAUCGUCUGGGUGGCUGACCAGUACGACGCCAUCUGCUGUCACACAACGAUCAACAAAAGGCACUGGCUCAGGUUCUUCUACCUGUACCAUUUUGCGUUCUACGCCUACGACUACCGCUUCAACGGACAGUACAGCGGACUUGCCCUUCUCACCUCCUGGUUCUUCAUUCAGCACUCAAUGAUCUACUUCUUUCACCACUACGAGCUGCCUGCCAUACUGCAACGUUCUGGCUUGGAGCCUUCCGCGGGAGAGAGUGCCAGAUCCGCUCCUUCGAACGAGCCGCGACAGAGUACGACAGCGUCGUCCAACAACGCCUCCCCGCGGCACCACGCCAACAGUGCUGGCGUCACCAGCACCAGCCCAGCCCCUCAACCGAGGGUGACGUAUAUCCGGGCCUUUGGCACGAGGCCGGUGCAUUUUCGGCACAUUCUAAGUGCCACCGUAGCUCUUGCAGCUGUUGCUCAGCAUCAACAGCAGCAGCAGGCACAGCAAAACACUCAACAGAGUAGUGCUGGCACUGCGACACAGCAAGAGACGACGUCACCUUCUAGUCUUCAAGAUACUCCUCAAGAAGCACCUACAACGGAAAACGUAAGUAUGGGACAGAAUUGUAGCGGAAACUCGCAAGUCAUCAGGACUGAAGAUCCAGACAGGAAGGAACUUGGGGAAGACGCGAGACCACGGAAGGACUCCACGUCUUGCGACAGCCCAAAGGAUGACUUUGACGCCUCAGGACAUGAACGUGACGACAAUGCGGACGACAGUUGAGUACAAGACGUGAUUGUUAGAAUGACAAGUGUGGGCUACGGGACAUUGAGCGUCCACACUAUAUUUGACAGUGACAGUUUUUUUCUUUUUCUUUUUUUUGCAUUCCGCGUGAGAGAUUGCAGCCAGGUACACGUGAAAAGCAAAUAAAAUAGGGAUGAACUGUCUCGUGGGUCUGAAAUUUGAAGAUGUGGACCUGCAUCCGUAGAAGUGGGACUAGCAUUACAGUAGGUUUCUUUCUUUUUUUUUUUAACGGUGCCUUUAUUUAUUACAUCUGGUCUCAUCGGUGCGGGAUACAGAUGGCGCUAAUUUCAAGAAUGCACGAGGUGCGAGAGCACGUGGUAAUAUACAUAUUCUAGUGACUGUUUAAAUUUUUUGUGUUGCCAUUCCAAAAAUAAAGAGAAAUGACUGAUG